CACGCGCGCGCGUGUACGUGGUCAGAAACUUCCUGGUUCUGCUCUUAUCGCUGCCUUCACUUUACUUGGUCCUGUCUGCUCCUGCCGCCAUGUUAACUAGUCUUGUUAACCAGUUUCCAGCCUGAGACGCGGGCCGCUGGUUAGUUUGUGGGUAACCAACCCUAACUCGUCGCUAAGUUAGCCGCGGCUGGGUGCUAGCUGCGGCUCUCCCAUCUCUGACAGCCGCCAUGUUUGCGUCCUGCUGUAACUGGCUCUGCAUGGACUCGGCUGACGUGGAUCCGUCGGGCGGCGCCGACAGACGACACCAGUCCUACACCAACUCGGCCUUCAACUCCCAGCCGUCGCCACCUGAGCACACCUGUAAGGCCUGCGGCGGGCCCUUCGGCACGCCACCCAGGAAGCACGUGUGCGUGGACUGUAAGAAGAACUACUGCAGCCGUUGCUCCGCCCAGCAGGGGCUGCGGCCCCGCCUUUGUCACACCUGUCAGCGUUUCUAUGGGAACCUGCUGGAGCGGGCGGAGCUGAUGAAGCUGAAGGUGAAGGAGCUGAGGGACUACCUGCACCUGCACGAGGUCUCCACGCACCUGUGCAGAGAGAAGGAGGAGCUGGUGGAGCUGGUGCUGAGUCAGCAGUCGUCACCUUCCAGCGGCUCCGCCCCCGACACCCCCAUCGUCGACCUCCCCACAGUCACACCUGACCCCCCGGAGCCGACGCCUCGCAGCUCCGUCUCUGACACGGGUUCUGACACGUCCAGCGCUGCUCCGCCCACACCUGAGCCUGAAGCCACGCCCCCAACCGCAGAGACUCCACCCUCAGACCCUGGAAUAGAAGACGACGAUGACGACGACCCGGCCUGGGACCCAGAGGAGGCCCCCGUCUCCGGCCGCAGGGCCUCACUGUCCGACCUGAAGAACGUGGACGGCAUCGAGGAGCUGAGCGUGCGGCAGCUGAAGGAGAUUCUGGCCCGUAACUUCGUGGACUACAAAGGCUGCUGUGAGAAGUGGGAGCUGAUGGAGAGGGUGACCCGGCUGUACCAGGACCAGCAGAACCUGCUGGCGGCCAGCUCUGUGAGCGCUGCAGGUGGCGGCGGAUCGGCGCCGGGCCUGGAGGAGAACCUGUGUAAGAUCUGCAUGGACUCUCCCAUCGACUGCGUCCUGCUGGAGUGCGGCCACAUGGUCACCUGCACCAAGUGUGGCAAGAGGAUGAGCGAGUGUCCCAUCUGCCGGCAGUACGUCAUCCGAGCCGUCCACGUCUUCCGGUCCUGAAGCUAGCCGGGCUCCGGUGCCGAAGAACCAGCCUUACUCUCCUCUUCCGCUGCAGAACCGACCGCCUUAAACGCAACAAAUCAGAGCCAGAUCCUCCUCUAGAGAUGAUUUAAUCCUCUUUCUUCCGCUGUGAUUGAACAUUCGGUACGACUGUACGACGCUUUCAGAUCGGACCUUCAGACGGCGGCGCUGCCGGGGACCCGCUCGCAGUCCUGCAGCUGCUCAGACUCAUCAUGUUGCCUUAAGCUUAAACCAGAGACGCAGUUCAGGUAAACUGUGGUUCCUUCAGGGUCAGAACACCGGGUUCCUUUCCUUUUUUUAACUUUAUGGGUUAAUUCUUCCUUCAAAAGUGCCUUUUGGGAACCGUUUCUACAUUCCAGGGUCCAGUUUUCAUUGUGCUGCUAGUAAAACCCAAAGAACCGGUCCGAGUAGUGAAGUUUAGCCGGGUUGGGUCAGGAGAACAGAGACGGGCUUUAAUGUCUCUCAGUGGGGGAAAUUCAGGCGUAAAUAACCUGAAAUCAGCGUAGCAGCAGCGGGGCGACGUUCCCCAGAAGGUUCUGACUCUUCAGGGUCCGAAUUGUUCUGAAACUACUUAAACUUCUCACUGGAACUGAGGCUUAGGUCCUCGUUUCUCUCAGAUGAAAGAGGUGCUGUCCACAAUAGGCGGGAAUCGCCGUGGCAACCAGUGACUCGGCAUUUUCUGAGUGUCUUCCUGCUUCCUCUGAGCGGCUCGUCUCCAGGGUGGUGCCUAAUUCCUGAGCUUUGGGUCAGCAGCUGCUUUGGCGGCCCUUCCAGUCUCCUCUGACAUAAACCGAUUUGUAGCGUUUCCGUUCCGACUCGGCGGUUUUGGUCACCUGAGACCAGGUGUGCGGCGUGACUCCGCCCCCUUCCCCCCAGCUUCAGAUUGAUCGGAGGAGGCAAAGCUGCUGGGCUCAUGACACUGCGUCACUUUUCCAAACCUUUUUUUAAAACUCGCUUUUCCGGUUGGAGGGAAAUCUAAAACUAGAAGAAGAGCAGCGUCUGAAUAUUACGGACAUGUUUGAAUUAUUUAUGUUGAAAUGAUCAGAUUUCAUGUGUUUUGUCCUGGAGAUAAAGUGAAGCUUCUUUAUGUCCAGUCUCUGACCUUUUCCGGUUUAGAAGAAGUGAAUGAAUGGAUGAAAAAGGGAGAACCGCAUCACCUUUCACUGCUGGGCCACCGGGGGCAGCAGAGAGUCGGCCCUGUGGAGGAAACUCCCUGCAGGAGCUUAAAGGGAAUAAAGUUUUCUGCAAACGUUGCGUCGCAUCAGCAGGCUGCUUCCUGCUCUGGACCUUUAGGAACCAGGAUGAUGUUCUGCUGAGUGAUUGUUAAAAUCUAACAGAUUUUUGUGACGUUUACAGCAGCCUGUGUGAAGUUUUCUCCUGUUUGCACUAAAACCUGUCGAUGCUGAGACACUUCAUACUUCGGGGGUUGAUUUUAUUUUGUUGUGAAGACUCUGGACUUUCUCUGAUUGUGAGGUGAUGUUUGAUUGUCUAACCUGUUGUUUCUGCCUGCUGAGGUCAUUAAUGCGAAGCGGGCGAACAGAUCCAGGGAUGCAGUGUUUGGCCCUCAUGGGGCCCCCCAGCAACAGACUGCAAACCUCUCCAGAUACUCCAAAUGUAGCGGGAAGCUGUCUAAUCCUCCAGAUGUUUCUUGAUUUUAUUUUAUUUUUUUCCUGGAAUCGGUGGGAUAUCUGUAAGAGAUUUUAGUUGGUGGCGUGAGCUCCGAAUAAAUUUUCUAAUGAAACAUC